GUAUCUAAACCAAGUGGGGUAUAGACACUGUACCUGUGCCCUCCGGGUAAGACACCGAACUGCAGGUAACGGGGAAAAGGGACGGUAGUAAAAUCUUGUGUCAUGCCAAUUUCUCCCGCUGGGUGAUUUUGGCUGCGCUGUACGUCAGUUUGCAGGCAACGGGGAAGAGGGAUGGUAGUGAUGCUCUUGGCUGCGCGCGCUGUACUUCGCAGUUCGCAUGGUACUUCGUUCAAGAAUUCGACACCAGCGCAGCCAAAAGCACCCAGCGGGAUAAAUUGGCAUGACACACGUAAUUCAGCCAAGAUGGCUGCCAGUUCGUUGUCUUCCCGCAGGUACAGUGUCUAUAAAGUGGGGCAACAACUAUUCAAACAUAUGAAUGAUCUAAGAAUGAAAAAUUCAUUUUGCGACGUGCGUUUCAACGUAAAUGGUACCAUCUUCCCCUGUCACCGGUUGGUUUUGGCUACCAUGUCUCCUUACUUUCAAGCAAUGUUCAAUGGAAAUUUUAAGGAAAGUAAUUCCGAUACCAUUACCAUAAACGAUAUUGAAACUGAAGUAUUCGAAGAGAUCUUGAACGCUAUGUACUCAGCCAUUAUUCGUUUUAGCCCUGGUAACGUUUAUUUCAUCUUGAAAGCCAGUCAUUUACUACAAUUGGAAAUUAUAGAAGACGCGUGUGUUUCUUACAUCAUGAACAAUCCCGUAAUGGAUUACUUGAUUGAAAUCUGUGUGUUUGCCAGAAAUAUCGACCACGAUAAGUUAUAUUCGAAGUGCGUCGCGUUUAUAGCCGAGGCUAUUGUGGAAUAUGGAAUGACAGAUUCCUUUAAAAAGAUUCCGUUGGAUGUCUUUGAAGACCUUCUAAAACGUAGUCUAAUCGGUAAUAAAGACGAAGAAUUGAUAAUUCUGUCGAUUAUGAGAUGGGGUAAAGAGAAUAAUGCCAGUCGUAAAGAUAUUCAAAAGCUUAUAGAUACAGCAUUCUUGAGAGCAUCCAAAUUUGUGAACUCUACGAUAAUGUCUCAAUUCAUGGUUGCCUGUGAGUAUAAAUGUUUUGAUGAUGAGAACAAUGAAUGUACCUCACGAUUGGAUAUUAAUUAUAGUAAUCAUCCAAAUUUACCUUUGAAGUUACAUGUGGAUGUUAUCAACGUGACAACGGGGCAACGCGGAUGGAGCAUUUUGAGAACAAAUUAUGAUUUCGAUAGAUAUGUUUUGUCAGGAUUCUAUCCGACUAAUUCGCGUGAAAAAAAGGUCUGUAAAGUUGGAACGAAACUGUAUUGCUUUGAAUAUAUUAGAGACCCAGUCAUGAAAAAUUGUUUCUCGUAUUUCAAUGAAGACGGCAUUAAGACUACUCUACCCUUACCGCUAUUACAAAUGACGAUUUUCACAUUUCAAUUGACAGCCAUAGGAAAGUCGAUAUAUUUAAUAGAUAUGAGCUACGAUUUCUCUGUUUGGCUUUACAAUUGUAAAACGAGUACUUGGAAAAAUAUACUGAAAAAAACCGAAUGUGAAAAUAUUCGUUGUAUUCAUGUUUCCACGUGCGUUUUUUCAGACAACAAGUUUUAUAUAAUCGCGAAGAAAGACAACAAGCUAGAAGAAGGUUUAUAUAUAAACCCGGAGACUAAAGAAAUUAUCAGUCGAGACGACCGCCAUGUAUUCUCAAUUACUUUCCCCAACUUUGUUGUUGAAGAAUUGACUAAAAUACCUUCACUUAAUGCAUACAGAUAUUCCUCAAUUUGCGUAUUUAAUCGUAAAAUAGCAGUGUUUGGUACAUGUACUGAUGCAGGGUCUCGAAUGAAGAAAGAUAAUUUCAUGAUUUUUGACCUCGUUGAGUCUAAAUGGUCGAUGGAGUUGGACCAAAUGAAUGGUGGCCAUGCGAGUUCUCUCGUAUUCCAUCACGAUGACGCUGUAUACGCAGUAGGUAAUGGUCUAUCUUUGCUUCCCGGUGGAAAAUAUGAUCGGUCUUCGGAUAAAUGGAUUGAUUUGCCUCAUUUGCCUAAACGAAUCACCAUUUCAAAUACGAAUAAUGUAGUGGUCGUCGGAAAAGUAUUUGGUCUUGAAGUAUAACAUAUUAUAUAUCACCUCUUGGUGAAUUAUUUCUUCGAAAUGUCGUAGGUAUCAGUUUUUUUGUCAUUAUAGAAUUAUGAUUUGAUGGUUUUUGUAUUGUUGAUUUCUUACGGAGAUUCUUUUUUUGUUUGUAGAUAUAACCUAUUACCUUACUCAUUUCGUAAUAGUUGUUGUUUUUUUUUGUAAUAUUUUAACCCUGCGUCGACCACCGGUGCCAAAAACGGCACCACAAUGUUAUUUUUAUUAAAAAAACCACCGAGUGCCAAAAACGGCACCUAAUGAAUUUUAAAAUUUUCAAAAUGCAUUGUGGUGCCGUUUUUGGCACCUGGUGUUUUUUUUAUAAAAAUAACAUUGUGGUGCCGUUUUUGGCACCUGGUUUUUUUUUUUGGUGGUCUAUGCAAGGUUAAAUAGGUAAUUCAUUAUACAUAUGUAAGUAUUUGAUUCUUAUUAUGAUACCUAUAAACAUCCCAGUAUUCUCAUGAAUGUUUGAUAUUUCGUUAACAUAAUGGGCAAUUGUUAUUUGUUUUGGAUAAUAAAUUUUCAAAACGUGUGAAUCAAAUAUAAUCGAGAUUUCUUCGAAUGAGCGUACGUCAUAAUUAUAGAUAUUGCUAGUAAGCAGAGGAUUUCUAUGGCUUGAGGCGUCAACUUAUUUUUUCCAAGUUGUUUUUUCAGAAAACCCCAUCAUCCCGAACUGGAAAAUUCUUCUACGAGUAUUUAUAGGAGCAUUGUAGUUAUAUAUUACUUUAAUUGUAGUGGAAGGUAGAAGUAAGUGUUAGCGAGCCACGUGAUUCAUUUCAACGAGAACCUCUACAAGAGUUGUGACAAUUAGAAUUGAGAAAUAAUUUUUCAUGAUUUCAUCGGAGCAGAAAUUAGUAAUUAAUCUCCAAAGGGUUUCAAUAAGGCACUUGAAUCGAUAAUUUGCUAUAAGCACAUGAAUACCUACUUGCAAUUGUAUUAUUGGAAUUACAGUUGAAUUAUCUUGUAAGAUAAUCAGCGUUGAAAUUUAUCUUUAUAAACGCGAAUAGACUAAUAAUCUUUAGAACCGAAACUGUAUUACGGGAACAUUUUAAAGAAACUUUAUGAAAUAUAUGGAUACACCUACUACCU